GAAGUGUCGGUUUUCAGCGCAAACCCCUCCUCUAUGGACGGGCUGCGCUUUUCUUCCACUUGAACAACCAAGUAGUUUUCAGGCACAUUCCCCCGGCAGCAAUGUGGAGGGAAAGGGCGAUCACGUCCCACUCAUUUUAUACUUUUGCGUCGGGUUUUAGUUCUCUUUGUAGUUUAUGAACUUUGCAUUUGCAAGGGGAAGCUUCUACGGGAAAGCAAACGAAUCAGAAGUGAAGAAAACUGCAGCCUAGUCGUCUCGUGUUUUUUUUUUUUUUUUACUUUUUGCUUUCUUCUUGUUUUUUUUAACUCGAGUCACUAUUUUCUUCUAAAUGGAUAUUAGGAGAUGAAAUCGGACGUUUUUCUUUUUCUCGAAUAGCCUCUCGGUCGCUCGGACUGUAGUUUAUGUGGUCUCCGGGAUCUGUAGGAGGAGGAGGAGGAGAGAGUCCAGCUCCUCAGCAGCACAACAAGGACACACACAGUGGCCACAAGUUGUCCACAAGAGAAGGAGACGAAACUUUGCCAAGUUGCUGCGCAUCCGGCCGCUGAAGCCAAAUAUUCAACGAUCUUCUAUCAGCGUCUCUGUUGUAACUUUGCUGUGGAUUAUUAUUAUUAUCAUUGCAACACUCACCAUGGACCACGGGAUCACGUUCAGAGGAUGAAAAAGGAGUUUUGAAACAUGAACAGUUUCUUGUAGUUUAGUUCACCACUCCAGUGGCUCGUUCGGACUACUCUUAUCUGCUAAGUCAAUUGUUCUUGCGUCUGUUUUUCCUCCUCCGAGAUACUAUUUCCACUGGUCUGCGAAAAUGCCACAGUUGAACGGAGGUGGUGGGGAUGAUCUGGGGGCCAGUGAUGAAAUGAUAUCGUUUAAAGACGAAGGGGAGCAGGAGGAAAAGAUAUCAGAAAACGUAUCUGCGGAAAGGGAUUUGGAUGAUGUGAAAUCCUCCUUAGUGAACGAAUCGGAAAACAACAGCAGCUCAUCGGACUCAGAGCAAGCGGAGAGGCGUCCCCAAACCAGACCCGACUCAGAAAGUUAUGAGAAAACAAGAGACUACUUCACUGAAGCACUGAGAAGGCAGCAAGAUGGUGGCUUUUUCAAGAGUCCUCACUAUCCUAGCUACCCGUUUCUCAUGAUCCCAGACCUGACCAGUCCCUACUUAUCAAAUGGUUCACUGUCUCCCAGUGCAAGAACAUACCUGCAGAUGAAAUGGCCUCUUUUGGAUGUUCCCGGAUCUACAGGACUGAAAGACUCUCGUUCUCCAACACCAGGGCAUUUAUCCAAUAAAGUGCCAGUGGUGCAGCAUGCCCACCAUGUCCACCCGCUGACACCCCUCAUCACCUACAGCAAUGAACACUUCUCUCCUGGCACGCCACCGUCACAUCUAUCUCCAGAGAUUCUGGACCCAAAGACAGGUAUUCCUAGGACACCUCACCCUUCAGAGCUCUCUCCAUACUACCCCUUGUCUCCUGGUGCUGUCGGUUCAAUUGCACACCCUCUGGGCUGGCUCAUGCCGCAGCAGGGCCAGCCCAUGUACUCCAUCCCUCCGGGGGGAUUUCGUCACCCCUAUCCAGCGCUAGCAAUGAAUCCAUCCAUGUCCAGCUUGGUGUCCAGCCGUUUCUCCCCUCACAUGGUGACCUCGCCUCCACACAGUCUCCACCAGACCAGCAUUCCCCAUCCUGCCAUCGUCUCCCCAGCCAUCAAGCAGGAGCCCAAUGGUGACAACAUCAGCCCCUCGAUGCAUGCCAGGAAGUCUCCUGUUCCUCCCAAAAAAGAAGAGGACAAAAAGCCUCAUAUCAAGAAGCCUCUGAACGCUUUCAUGCUGUAUAUGAAGGAGAUGAGAGCCAAAGUAGUGGCAGAGUGCACUCUGAAAGAGAGUGCCGCCAUCAACCAGAUCCUUGGAAGACGGUGGCAUUCCCUGUCAAGAGAGGAACAAGCCAAAUACUAUGAGCUGGCCAGGAAAGAGAGGCAACUCCACUCCCAGCUCUACCCCGGAUGGUCAGCACGAGAUAACUAUGGAAAGCGGAAAAAGAGGAAGAGAGACAAUAAACCAGACUCAAAACCAGAAGACUUCUCAAUAAGAAGCAAGAAGCAGUGUGUGCAGUAUCUGCCCUCGGAGAAGAUGUGUGACAGCCCUGCAUCAUCCCACGGCAGCAUGUUGGACUCGCCAGCCACUCCCUCUGCAGCCUUGGCUUCCCCAGCUGCUCCUGCAGCCACUCACUCGGAGCAGGCCCAGCCGCUAUCACUCACCACCAAACCUGAGGGACGCAUGCACCACCAUUUCUCCCUACCUGGGAAGGCUUCUGGGUCCACAUCCUCCUCCUCCUCCUCCACCUCCUCCCAACCCACUAUCUCUCUCUCAGUUGGUACUUCAGGUAGCCAGCCAUCCACACCCAUCCUCACCCGGCCAAUUGCCUUCACUUCUCUGCACCCCUCCAUGCUCUCCCCACCUUCCCCUUUCCAUCAUGCCCUGUUCCAGUCACAACCUCUCUCCUUAGUUACCAAACCAACUGAAUAAAUCUGCAAAGGCAAUUUCCUCCCAUUUAUUGUGCUGUAUAUUGCUUUUCUUUAAAUUAGGUAUUAGAACAACUUUUUUCUAAAUAAUGAAAAGGAAGAAAUAUUAUUGGUCAAUAUUUGACCGUCUCCUUUUCCACAUCUCUCAAUGAAACAAAAUGUAUUUUUUGUAAAGUUUACUGCAGAACUGUUUUUUUUUUUCAAUGCAUUUAUCCAAUGAACCUCUUGUAUAAAAGAACCAAUGUACAUAAAGUUUCUUUAUAAAAACAAAAAGGAACAAAAACAUGUUUUCUUUUUAGCCAAAACACAGUUAAUGUUAGUAUUAAGUUUUAAGUCAUAGUACUGGCCAAUAAUUGCAGCCCCGUUUUCAAUUCACAAGUGUGUGU